CAUUCUCUUCCCUAUUGUCUCCUUUCUCUUUCCCUGAUCUGUCACCAUCUCAUUUCCCAUCUCUCCCUUCACAAUUCAUCAUCAAAAUACAUUAUAAAAUUACACACUUUAUUUUAUUAAAAUAAAAAUAAAAUUUUGAGAUUUGUUAUUAGAAAAAAAAAAAAAAACAGAGUGAUUGACAGUGAAAGUGUGAAAGAACUAUACUUUUUUGUCUGCUUCUCUGUAACCUUGUUUUACUCUCUUACAUUCCAUUUCCUUCAAUUUUGUCUUCAACUUUCCACGCUCCUCUCUCUAGAUUCACUCACCAGUGGGGUUCAAAUCUCUUCUAAACUCUCUCACAUGCCUUGAAACAGGUGAAUACUCUGUUUUUCACCUCUCUGCCAUUUCUCUGUCUUUGCCUCAGAUACCACUUUUUUCGGUGACCCUUUUCUUUCAAUUUGGUAAUUCCAUCAUAAAGUUUGAAAAUUGAAGAGAAAAAAAAAUGAAGGAUUUCCCAUCUUGUUUUGGGGAAAAUGCAGUUCAGGUUUCAGAUUCAUCCUCUUCAAAUUCAAGCAAAACAGCUCAGAAUCUUGUGAUUUGUGUCUACCAAUGUUCAAUUAGAGGUAGAUCUUGCUUAAUUACAAUCACAUGGAGUAAAAGUUUAAUGGGUCAAGGGUUUAGUGUUGGGAUUGAUGAUUCUUCAAAUAAUCAGUGUUUGUGUAAAGUUGAUAUAAAGCCUUGGGUUUUUUCCAAGAGGAAGGGUUGUAAGAGUUUGGAAGCUUAUUGUUGUAAGAUUGAUGUGUAUUGGGAUCUUUCUUCAGCUAGAUUUGGUGUUGGGCCAGAACCAUUGGAGGGUUUUUUUGUAGGAGUAGUUGUUGAUAAACAAAUGGUGCUUCUUCUUGGUGAUUUGAGGAAGGAAGCUUUUAAGAAAUCUAAUGCUGUUCCUUUACCUUUGAAAGCUGUUUUUGUUGCUAAGAAGGAACAUGUUUUUGGUAAGAAGUUGUUUGGUAACAAGGUUGUGUUUUGUGAUAAUGGUAAAGUUCAUGAUCUUGUUAUUGAGUGUGAUACUUCCACUGCUAAGGAUCCUUGUCUGAUAAUUCGGUUAGAUAGUAAGACUGUGAUGCAGGUGAAGAGGUUGAAGUGGAAGUUUAGAGGAAACUAUACUAUACUUGUGGAUGGAUUUGAAGUUGAGGUUUAUUGGGAUGUUUAUAAUUGGCUUUUUGGUAGUUCUAUUGGAAAUGCUGUUUUCAUGUUUAGAACAUGUUUGUCUCAUGAUAAGAUUUGGAAUGCUCAACCUGUUUCGGAUGCGAAUGUUUUGCAGUGGUCUUUCUCUCAGAGGUUUUCUGAGUCCAAAUUGCCACAAGGUCUUGGUUUCUCUCAUGUUUUGUAUGCUUGGAAGAACGAGUAGAGUUGCGUUGUUUCGGCGUCAUCGGUUGCGUACUAACAGAACUUUUAAUGAGUUGGGAUUGAUUGAUUUAUCAAAGAUGAGAACUUUUGUUUGUAUUGUUUCAACCCUUAUACCUUUAAUUUCUCUGUGCAUUUGAACAGAUCUUAGAAUUUUUCAUCACCAAUGGUUGUAUAUUUAUCUUCAAGUGUUAAUUUCAUGAUUCAUAUUACAAAAACUAAAUGGUUAAGUGUUUGUUUUAUGUGUUAUUCAAGUGCUGCUUCUUCAUUCUUGGGAUAUUCUUUUGUUAGAAUUAGUAGUAAUGAACAUAUCCUCUAUAUCCUUAGUUCUGUCGUAUCAUAUAUUCGAAACUUUUUGUAUUGAAAAUUUGAGUUAUCAAAUAUGUAAUUUAGGUGCAAACUAGUAAUGUCCUAAAAUAGAGGAUAUAUUAUCACUGUAGUCACUAAUGCACGCAUUCGGUGCAUCACUGACCAUUGGAUCGAGAUCUAAGUUUAAAGAGGGCGGCCUUGCUGCUCUACUUUGUUAGUUUAUGUUUGGAUCGAUCGGCGGUUUGGCAAAGAUAACGGGACACUGAUUUUGUUGAAGCUCCAAAGUGUAGUUUUUGUCAAAAUUGCAGUGUCUCGCCGUGAUUCUGGCAAUCUCACUGUGAAUUCAAACAUUUGUAGAUCUUUUAUUCUCUUUCACAGCCAAAUCUAAUAGUUUUAUGAUUCUGUCAUGCAAAUCAUGGCACAGGUGUAAACAAUGAUUGUUGCUGACAAUGGUGAUUUCUUGAAAAACAUACAGCUGCAAAUUCAGAUGCCAAUCUCAUAUAGAUUUUGUUUUUGACAUGAAAUGUUCUAAACAAAGGCAAGUAUAUACUACAUUAAAAAUUUGAUGUAUUUAA